GGUCCGACAGCGUUCAUCAGGAAGAGUGAACGUAAACAAACAAGUUACGAAGAAGCGACAAGAAACAGUUCCUUGCUGGGCUGUUAAUGAGUUAUUUGAAACGGGGCCUGUUUUUGUAAUCUUUAAAAGUAAUUGGACAAGUUAUAAAAUAUACAGAUAUCGUCAGUCCGAUGAGUUUCUUGCGCCGACGACAGCGAACAUUUAGCUAGCUGCCAGCGGGUGUUAGCAACAUAGCUAAUCUGUCUGCGCCAACGAUUUCCCGUUAAAAAGCACCAAUGCCUCAGGAGGGAGAGCAGUCUCUCCCCCUGGUUCGUUCUCUGAACAGUCGGAUACCCGUUCAUGCUGUGUUUUGUAACCGCAGCCCUUAUCGCGUCCGGCCGUUAUGGAUAGAUUAUCGAGGGGAGCCGCGGGCGUACGAGGAUUUGCAGCCAGGAACGGGUCGAAAGAUGACUACAUUCGUCGGUCACCCGUGGAUAUUCAGAGAUGCAGUGACUGAUGAGCCUCUGAAGGUGAACUGCAAAGAGCUGUUUCUUCCGAAGCCAGCAGAGGCUGGAAAUGCCAUAUUUGUUAAUAUCACUUUACCAGUCUACAGUCUCAAGGAUCGUGCUCUUCAGGUUAUUCGGCGUCUUGUACGACCAGAAGACUACAGGAGGUUAGAAAUUGCACGUUGUCUCCACGAGGAGCUUGAAGAUCAACCCAGCGUGCUGAAAGAUCUCCGCCGCAUGAACCAGCGAGUAGAGCUGCAUCUGCUGGAGAGGAUACAAGGCCAGGAGGAAUGAGGCAUGAAACCUGAUGGACAUUUAUUAUAUGAGGAAAGCAAUACUGUAUUGUACAGUCAUAGAAAGUAAAGAGCUUAUGAAGCAAGAUAAAAUGCUGGUGUUACUUUUUUGGAUGAGUCACAGCUGCUGUAAAGCCUUACACUUGCUGCAAAGGAGACAGUUUGAUCUGCUGCCUGUAUGUCACAUUCACUCAGCAGUUAUUGUCUUCCUCAGCAGAAAAAAAGGUUUUUAUCUGUAAUAUGACAGCAGUCACAGUAGAGAGAUUUUAUAUAUAUAUAUAUAUGUGUGUGUGUGUGUGUGUGGUUUUUUUUUAUUCUUAAUGGGAAUGCUUAAAGACGAUCCUACCUACAUCAGCUAAGUGCACAACUCCCCUCCAAAAACAUCUUUGUUAUUUUAGCUGAAGGGUGUACCAUGAAGCAAGUUUGACAUUGCCCAGCAUUCUUUGUGUUAGCUGGCUCUGCAAAACCUAAAACCCCAAUGCUUAUUUCUAAUGUGAAAGCUGCACAUUAGAGCUGUUAAAUUUCAAACUUGCUGAAAUUCAAUACGUGCAUUUUGUUCUAAACCUGUCCUGUAAUGGACACAUGGGAAUCACUUUAGUUUUUGGCAAAAUCAAAGUGAAAUUGAUAUUACUGACUAAAUAUAUUCUGUGAUUAAUACCAAUAGACUUCAGUUUUCUGAUCCGUCUUGUAUUCUCUGCAGUGUAAAACAGACUUUGCAACAAAACAGAACCAAGUAUAAAACAUGUGUUCUCUGCGUCACCAAAUCAAUGCUUGUAGGUCCUUGUGGCUACUGUAGCUGUGUGACUUCAUUCGUCUCAGCUCAACGGGUUUGCAGAUAUUCCCUCACCUAAGAAUCUGUAUGUCUCAUAGAAAAUCAUCAGGAAACAAUUUGAUUAAAAGGAAAGACUUC